AUGGCCAGAGCAAGCGACGCUUCUGUGGGAGGACCUCCUUCGAAUGCCAAUGAUGAACAUAGCGACGUUGAGUCACCGACAUCGCCAAGAUGCUGCAUAUCCCACGACGACCUGAAAGGGAACAAGAUGGUCAACGCAAUGUCCACCGAAUUACCCAACCGAGACGCGAAGAAAGGUGAAAUGGCGGACAAAACUUCUUCUCGUAAACGACCCCGAGAUGACCAGGACGACACGUUGGCGUUCGGCAUCAGCAAGAGAACAACUAGCCAUGUUCUCGGCUUGUUGCCUUCUGCAGACUGCUCCAUGGCUGAAGGACCCAAGACGCCUAUGGAUUUUCAAAUACCUGCUCUCUCUCAUGAUGAGGCCACCUUCGUCCCUUCACGCCUGGCCUUCGAAGGCGAGACCCUCCGCAAUCCUGAUCUUACGCUUGCCCCUUUAUAUAUGGCGAACACCAUCGAUAUUGAAACGGGCAAUGCAAUCCAGACCAAAAGUUCGACUCCUUGGAGUAUACCUAAUAGCCCCCUUCUCGAAGAGGACGGCUCUGAUUACUUUGAUGACGAUUGGAUGCGUAAGUAUAUUGACUUAACACCCACACAACUCGAUCAUAUCUCGCUGUGUUCGAGUCACAGGUCAAGCCACGAUGUCAAUAUGAGCUCUUUGGUGACCUUGGCUUUGACCCCGUCCGAUGGAAUGCCAAAUAUUAUUCAAAGCGAGACUUCUGGCUCGAGCCAGUCCCCAGAGGUGAUGAGGGAAACCGAGGUCUGUACCCAGAAAGCCUGCUUCCUGGAUGUUGACGAUUACAUGCUCGACAGCUCGGACGAAGAAGCGCUUGCGAACCUCCUCCCUAAAACACCCAAACCUAUCAUGCGAAUGCCUUCUGCAAACACGGCUCAGGUCACGAAUGGUGAUUCUCAGGACGACGUUGGCUUUGACAAGGCUCCUCAGAUGCCUCCGCAUGACGUUCCAACUUACGGCUCUGAUCCUCGUGGACUCCAUUCAGAGGUGGAUCUCUUAGACGACGACUUGGACUGGAACUAUGUCUCGACAGUUGCCGAUGAUACCAAGAUCGAACAGCUCUCUACAAGCAACCCUCAUCGUGACAUCAGUGACUCCGAUUUGACUCUGAAAACAAAUCUUUCAUCUGACACUGCAACUUCGCAAACAGGGCCGUCACAUGUCGCGCCAUUCGUCCGCCCUCCCUUGCCCGGAAAGGUCCUCGAUCGUUCUGAUAUUGUCGGAUUGUCCUCAUCGCUCCAGUUGAGAACAUGUUUUCGGGUUGGAGAACUUAUGAACUACAAUGCCCAGUGCCGUCGAGACCAUCAGCAGGCCAUCUUUGAGUUCUUCGCAAGGGCCACCUGCUCCAACCGCUCAUCGCAAGCCCGAGAGCAGCACUUUCGGUUCAAAGACCUCUUCACUGAUCGCUCCCCUCACCCUCAUGGGAAGCUCAAAGAUUGGAAGCUGGGCAGUCUUCUGGACAAGCAAGCGAUGGAACUUGUGGGACAACACGAUAAACUCUGUCGAUGCAUCUGCGUGUUGGACACUGAUCACGCUCUAGAUCUCGGCUGGCGGAUCAAAAUUUUCAGCAUACGAAGCACUGACUGGGACGAAAUACAGUGGGUGCGUCGAGUCAUGGCUCGAGAUGACACUGAAUCUGCUGUGGAAAGAUGA